CUCGCAUAUGAUGUAACAUCAACACGAGAUCGACUCGCUAGGAGUGGGAACGAAAUUAAAUUUAAUUCGCGACUUGUGCUGCGCCAGAGAGCACCUGCAAAAUUAUUUUCUUAUCGUCCAAGUGAGUUAAGGAACGAACUUUGCCUUUUCAGCUUGAUAACGCACGUAAUGUGGCCUCGCACAAUCGACCACGACUUCUGCGGAGAAAGAUUUCGCACAAAAAUCACCGUGUCUUCUCCGAAUUUAUAACUAUUGCGUGUUGAGCCGAGUCGUCCCAGUGGAAACAUGAUGAUUGGAAACAAAAUUUGCACAAAAACGUGAUUUGAUUGCACCAAGGCGCUAUAAGUGCCCUAGGGCAAAAGUGAAAGUGACUCAACUAGCGUGGAACGAUUGAAUAAUCCCCUGUUUAUUCGCAACUAGUCCUCGACAUGGAAACGCUGAGGUUUUAUUUUCUCACUUGGAAUGUGGCCACUCAGCCUCCAGAAGAAAAUUUUGCAGAUAUGCUCUGUCUUUCGCGCGAAAAAUUGCCAGACUUUUACAUCAUUGGCCUGCAAGAAGUAAAGGCCCAGCCUCAAAACUUGUUAAUGAAUGCUCUCUUCGAUGACCCAUGGAAUAACAGCUUUAGAGAUUUGCUCAUUGCCAAAGAUUUUGUCAAAAUCAAAACAAUUCGCCUUCAAGGACUCCUACUCAGCAUUUUCUGCCAAAGGCGUCACCUCCUCAAAGUCCGAGACAUGGAAACUCAGUAUACCAGAACUGGACUUGGCGGAAUAUGGGGCAACAAAGGUGCCGUGAGCAUCCGCUUGGCCAUUUCCGGAGUGUCGAUGGCCAUUGUCAACUGCCACCUUUCGGCCCAUGACCACAUGAAGGAGGAAAGGGUGGCCGAAUACAACACAAUUCUCAAAAGCCACACUUACUCUAUUAAAGAGACCAGCUACGUUUUAUACCAUGACUAUGUCUUUUGGCUCGGAGACUUGAAUUUUCGUCUCAAAAGUGGUGCCAAGGGCAGUCUGACUGCUGACCAGAUUGGAUCCAUGGUCAGCAGGGGCGAAAUCAACGAGCUCUGCCAACAUGACCAACUUAAGGAAGUGAUGAAAAGUGGAGAUGCCUUCAGUGAGUUGCGAGAACCGGCUAUCGAAUUUCCACCAACCUACAAGUUCAACAUCCAUUCCAGCAUUUAUGAUCUCAAACGUCGACCGGCAUGGACCGAUAGAAUUCUCUACAAGGUCAUACCAAACGUUUACGAGAAUUUGACUCUCGACUGCCAGCCAAUGUCCUACCGCAGUUGGGAUAAAUAUUAUCAAAGUGACCACAAGCCAGUAACGGCAGAGUUUGCUGCCAAAGUCAUCAGUGAUAACCACGACAGAGUUGUGGAGUUUGAAAACAUCCAGAAUUGGUUCCUAGACAGAGAGAAUUCUGCCACUUUUGAACUUUCAGCAGACAUAAGUUUAGAAUCCGGCAGUGACUGGAUUGGAAUUUACAAAGUCAACUUCGCCAGUCUCGAAGACUACGUCUUCUACAUUUACGUGCCAAGAACAUCACAGACUGCGGGUCGCAUGACAGUCACUUUCCCAGACAUUGCGGUCGCCGAAGCUGGUGUUUAUCAACUGUUGUAUCUCACACACAACUCAGCAAGUGUCUUGGGCAUGAGUGCCCCUUUCCUAGUUACUAAGGCAGAUCCGACAAGAUCGCCACAACGGCUGCGCUUCUGACCUUCACCGUACCGCGAAAUCAACAGUUGAAACUUACACAGGUGUCCACCUAAGUCCCCAUUGUAUCUUCUAGUUUAUCAGUUCAGACUGAUUUUUGUUACAUCAUAUAUUUCCGUACUAAUUCUGUUUUUCAGAGAUGAAUAUAUAUUACCUCCUAAGUCAGACUAAGUUAUUUUGUCAUGUGCGAGUAGUUAAUUAUUUGUACUAAUGGCUGGCUCCAUAUUUUGUUAAGAUUUGUGCCACUUUUGAUUUUAUUCUAGAAAAUUUUACUGCUGGCAAAUUUGAUUAUAGCCCAAGCAAUUGUCAGUUUUGUGUUGGUGUUAAGUAGACAAUAAUAUCUUGUUAUUUUUUUGUGGUAAUUCGUGCUAAAAGCUAGACUCAGAAUUGUGAGUGUUGUAAGUGUUGGAUGAUUUUGAAAACGCUGACGACCAACAAAAAUGCUAGUUUAAUAUAUAUUCGGCAGCUGCUGGUGCUUUUUUGGCCACUACCACAAAAGGCACAGAAAAAGUAAUGUAUCUUACAAUUAAUAAAACAAAGCAAAGCAAACUGA